CCGCUGCCUCCGGCGGGAGCGCCCGGGGCCGGGCCGGGCCGCGCCUCCCUCGCUGAGCGCCACGGCGCAGCCCGGCACGGCGAGGAGGCUCUGCACUGACGUCACGAUGACACGGUGAAGCCGAAGACAGGAUCUGGGGAACGCUGCUUCUGCUUCAGUUUUGAUCAUCAAGUGAAUUUGUUGACACACUGUUCCUCCAGCAUGGCUAAGAGCGCAGAAGUGAAGCUGGCAAUCUUUGGUCGAGCUGGCGUGGGCAAGUCAGCUCUCGUCGUGCGCUUCCUGACCAAACGAUUUAUCUGGGAGUAUGACCCGACUCUAGAGUCUACAUAUCGUCACCAAGCUACCAUUGAUGAUGAAGUGGUUUCCAUGGAGAUACUAGAUACAGCUGGUCAGGAGGAUGCUAUUCAGAAAGAAGGACACGUGCGAUGGGGUGAAGGCUUCGUCCUGGUCUAUGACAUCACGGACAGAGGCAGUUUUGAGGAAGUUCUACCACUCAAGAACUUGUUGGAUGAAGUUAAAAAACCCAAAAAUGUCACUCUGAUCCUGGUGGGGAACAAAGCAGACUUGGAUCACUCCAGGCAGGUCAGCACAGAGGAAGGUGAAAAGCUGGCCACAGAACUAGCAUGUGCUUUUUACGAGUGCUCUGCUUGCACAGGAGAGGGCAACAUUAUGGAGGCCUUCUAUGAGCUCUGUCGUGAGGUACGGCGUCGAAAGAUGGUCCAGGGCAAGACUCGGAGACGAAGCUCCACCACGCACGUCAAGCAGGCUAUUAAUAAGAUGCUUACCAAAAUCAGCAGCUAAAAAGAUCUGUACUAAGCCAGAUAAGCAUUAUAGAGCAUAUUAGCUUGUGGUAGGGACAAGGCAGGCAGAGCACAUUUAAUAAAAAAUGGUCAAAGCUUUGCUAUUAAAAAAAUAGAAAACUGAAUCCACAUCACUUUUUGAGUAGCAUGGAAUCAGACUUCUUCCUGUUUCAAAAUGUAUUAUAGCCACACUGCUUUGGGCUAACGUGGAAAAAACAAACAAACAAAAAAAACUCCAAAGGACUAAAUGAUUGUGGGGGUUGGCACUUACAGAGUAUUUUCUGCUUCUGCAAGGCUGGCUCCAAUCCCCUACAAGUCAGUAGUGCCUAAACAUCAUUCCCAGCCAGCCAACUGCUCAGUAGCCUCUUACUUGGAGAGUAAGACUCAGUCUUCAGUCCAGCAACAACCAUCACAACUGGUAAUCUCAAGGACUGAGGCUGCUGUGUUGUACCAGAAGGUUCAUCUGACACCUUUCACCAGCUCUAAAUUGGCGCAUUGUGUGCUUUUACUCCAAACAGUCCUUCCUUGUUGUUAUUUUGUCAGGUCUAUGAGCACCGAUGUUCUUAGCGAGUUAUGCAAAAAAUACAGUAAAGGUCUUUUUCAUGGAAUGUUUAGCUAGCAAGACAAACAUUUCAAUGGAGCUAAAGUUCAGCUGCUUUUUGAGAUCCUCUAAAACUACAGAAUUCAUCAAGAAAUAAUCAGCUAGUCCAGUGGCAUUUCAGCGUUUCCUCCUUGAAGUACAGUACUGUACUUGGGGAAAUGGGAGUGUAUGCAUCGGGAAAUUAAACUUUAAAAAUAACCACA